GCUCUUGUUCCGGAUUCGAGCAGCAGACACAAGGUUCAACCAUGGAUCUUGUGCUGAAUGUGGCCGACCACUACGUCCUCACCCCGUACGUGUACCCGGCCUCGUGGCCUGAGGGCGGCGCCCUGCGGCAGAUCGUGAGCCUGCUGGUGCUGACCAACCUCGGGGCCGCCGUCCUGUACCUGGGCCUCGGAGCCAUCAGCUACUUCUUCAUCUUCGACCACACGCUGAUGAAACACCCGCAGUUCUUACAGAAUCAGGUCCGGAGGGAGAUCAAAUAUGCGAUGACCUCUCUCCCCGUGAUCAGUCUUCCCACCGUGGCCUUGUUCUUCGCUGAAGUCCGAGGAUUCAGCAAACUGUACGAUAACGUGGAUGAAUCUCCGCUGGGUUGGACCGGACUCUUCCUCAGUAUGAUCUCCUUCCUGUUGUUCACCGACGGGUGCAUCUACUGGAUUCAUCGCUUCCUCCAUCACAAGCUCAUUUAUAAGCUGUUUCACAAGCCUCACCACAUCUGGAAGAUCCCCUCUCCCUUUGCCAGCCACGCUUUUCACCCGGUGGACGGCUUCAUGCAGGGGCUCCCCUACCACAUCUACCCCUUCUUCUUCCCCCUGCACAAGGUGCUCUACCUGGCCCUCUACGUCUUCGUCAACAUCUGGACCAUCUCCAUCCACGACGGCGACUACCGCGUCCCCGGCGCCCUGACGGAGGUCAUCAACGGCUCGGCCCACCACACCGACCACCACCUCUUCUUCGACUACAACUACGGCCAGUACUUCACGCUGUGGGACCGCCUGGGAGGCUCCUACAGGCACCCGUCGGCGCUGAUGGGGAAGGGCCCCCACGAUCUGAUCCGCAAACUUCAGGCGGAGGGGAAGCUGGGAGGCGACAGGGUGAAGGUGAACGGACACAAUCCCAGAGGAGCCACACUCAAGGAGGAGUAACUGAUGAGGGGAGAACGAGAACGAGUGGCUGAAAUUAAUCACUAUUUUUUGUAAAAGACAAGUUGCUGCAACAAACUCAGCUGGAAAACACAUCGGGGGGGAUAAUGGGAGUGAAGUUGCCAAAAUUUGAAAUCCGGAAUUUUGAAAAUCUGGUGGAAAAAGGUGCCUGUAAGAUGGCCGAACCCCUGGAGUGACAUCAUCAGGGGAGGAACUAUGGGUCGAUGCAUUUCUCUGACCGUCAUCAGUCAUGUCAACAGCUGAAAUUGAAGGUUGUGACUUUUUAUACAAGAGUUAGACACUGAAAGUAGAAGAAGAAGAAGAAGAAGAAACAACAGGAGAGAGGUUGUAUUGAGAGUUAAAGUUCUGAGCUGCAGGAGCUGCUUCACAUUCCGUCACGGACACUAACCGAGUUUGACUCAUGAUUAAAGAUCGACUUUGACUUAAAGGUUGAUUGAACAAGUUGCAAUAAAGGAAAAUUCUGCUAUUUUUUCAACAAGUCUCAUCACUGUGGCUGAGUUAUGUACUGUAACAAUUCCUGAUUAAAAUGCCUUAAAGCGAUUUGUAUCUGA